AUGGACAAAACGGAAGCGGACUGUGCCUAUGAGGAGUUAGCUAAUCAAAUAUCUAAGAUGACGGCUGAGGAAGCAGCGGUAUUUUUACGUUCUCCUAUUAAGCGCUACAAGGCGAAGCAUAGAAAGGCGGGAAGGAUAAAAAUUAAGGAAUUAAUUAAUCAGGCUAGGAAGAAUACUGAAGAAAUGAAGGGAACAAUUCAGGGAUUAAACUGCAUUGUCAUGUUGCCUGAAGCCGAAGCCGAUGUAGACAGACAUAAACCGAUUGUGGGACAAGGUCGCAUGAUAUGCGCUAUUUUAGAGCGGUCGGCGACUCCAGCGGAUCGAAAGCGGAAGGAGAACUGUCUGUGGGAUCAAGGGACGCAUGAGGACAAGGAAGAAUCACCCUGGCCUAAUGCCAUUCUGGAAUUUACGGAAUUUGACAAGUGGAUGGAAGGCGUAGAGGCCCGUAGCUUACCGGAGCAAGUUCUUCAACUAUUGAGACAAUAUCGGCUUCUGUUCCCUGAUAGCCUCCCGAAUGGACUUCCUCCUAAGAGGCCCUUUGACCACCGGAUACUUCUUAUUCCUGGAAAGUUACCAACAAAGGCACCUAUCUAUAAAAUGCCACCAGAUCAUCUGAUUCAUCACUCUCAGGAAAUCGAACGACUCUGCGCAAAGGGAUGGAUAGGCCCAACUUACUCCCCAAUUUGCGCUCCGACAAUUAUGGGGGAAAAAAGAGAUGACGGAUCAGGGGAAAGGAAGAUGCGCAUGGUGAUUAACUAUCAAGCGUUGAAUGCAUUAACUAUUGCGACUGAAUUUCCCAUGCCGUGUGUGCAAACCGUUAUGGAAAUGAUAGGGGGAGCAACGUAUUUUUCAACUUUAGACCUAGAAGCAGGUUUCCACCAAAUAAGAAUGGCGAGAGAAGACAGAUGGAAAACUGCAUUUAGAUCAAUUCAAGGACUAUUCGAAUAUAAGGUAAUGACACCGGCUCAACAGAAAUAUUCUAUAUACGACCAGGAAUUGUUGGCUCUUAUAUCCGCAUUAGACAAAUGGAGGCAUUUACUUCGAGUUGCGAAGGUUACGGCGUAUACGGAUCAUCAAGCCCUCACCUUCCUUCAACGUUUAAAUUCUCAGAAGCCGUUGCGGGGCCGAACGGCGCGUUGGUUGGAUUUCCUGGCUGAGUUCUCAGACCUCACGAUUACCUAUUUACAGGGAGCGAAGAACAAGGUCGCAGAUGCAAUGUCUAGGCAUCCUCAGCAUACCAAUGGGGAACCCAAUAGACUAGACAAUAUAUUAGCUCCUAUUGUUCAACAGCAAGAGGAACCGGCUGCGCAGCCUCGCUAUUCGACUCGGUUAGUUACGGGAUCGGCGCCUCACCCUGAUUUCAGGGCAAUGAUAGGACGGCGUUUGGCUUUGAGGAACCAAAGGAGAGGGGGAGUUGAGUCGCAACAGCCAGCGGGGUCGGCUGAUGGAUAUUGCGGCGGUAGCAAUGCGUAA